AUGCCUCCAAGCCAGUAUCAUAAGCCGGAAACUGCAUUGACUAAAGCAAGAGAACUUAUAAAAUGUGACAAAAAGUCUAACGCUUUGGAAAUUUUGUACGAAGUGAUGCGAGUUAGACGAACUAAACAAUGGCAAAAGGUCUUAGAAGAAUUAAUGAUGCUGUUUGUUGAACUUUGUGUAGAACUCCGUAAGAACAUCCACUUCAGAAAAGCAAUUUAUACGUACAAAAAUAUGAGUGUUAUGGAAAACACUAUUUCACUCGAGCAAGUUAUUCGUUAUUACCUGAACCAGAUAAAGGGUAAAACUGAAGAAGCUCAAGAAGUGUCAAAGAGUGCUAUCAUGGAAAUUGAGGAUUUGGAUGUCCUGGAAACUCCAGAAAGUCUCAUGUUAAAUGCAGUUAGUAUGGAGGGUACUCAAGACCGGUCUGCUAGAACGAUUUUGAUGCCAUGGUUAAAAUUUCUCUGGGAUUCCUAUCGUUUGGUGCUAGAUUUGUUACGUAGCAAUUCGAAGUUAGAAAAGCUGUAUCAUGAAGUAGCUCAUGAUGCUUAUAACUUCUGCUUGAAGUAUGGUCGGAAGACGGAAUUCAAAAAGCUGUGUGAACUGAUUCGACAACAUACUCAGAAAGUCCAGAAUCAGUUACAACCUAAUGCACCUAAUGCUAUAAAUUUGAAUAAUGCCGACACACAGACAUUACACUUAGAGACUAGAUUACGACAGUUGGAUUGUGCUAUGGAACUAGACAUGUAUAACGAAGCUUUUAAAACUGUUGAAGAUAUUUGGAGUUUUAUGAUGAUUUCACGAAUACAUGCUAUGCCUUCAUUAAUGACCAAUUACUACUCAAAAACAGCCGAACUUUUUCGACGAUGCGGUUGCCAUUUAUAUCACGCUGCUGCUUUACACAAACUUUACACGUUAUAUCGUGAUCAGAAAAAGAAUUUAACUCGUGAAGAACUAUCUGAUCUUGGAUCUCGUGUACUUUGUGCAACUGUUGCCAUUCCUUUGCCAAAUGCGAAACUGAAUGCUGACAAAUUCUUAUCUGGCGAGUACACUAUUAUGAAGCAGAAAACACUUGCUGGACUUUUGGGUCUCAUUCAAGUACCAACUCGUCAAAGUUUAAUACGUGAUCUGGUUCGUCAUAAAGUGCACACUGUUGUGCCGUCAAAUUUAGCUAAGUUGUACCAAGUUCUAGAAGCGGAUUUUCAACCUUUGAAACUUUGGGAACUUGUUCAACCAGCACUUGCCCAUAUAACCACCUGUUCAGAUCUCCAAGUGUACAUUACGCAACUGCACGAUGUUAUCGUAGCAAAAACACUUCUACAAUUAUCUCAAGUCUAUCAAAGCUUGGAUUUCAACGAAUUUUUCAAACUAUGUCCAUUCAUGGAGCCUAUUCGACUUGAAAGGAUUGUAAUUGAGUUGAUUCAUAAUUUGGAACUGCCUAUUCGAGUCAAUCAUUUACAACAAGCGAUUUUCUUUGAUAAAUUUACAGAUCUGGGAAUAAGUCAAUGUGAAUAUGGUGGACAGUUAGUAUCACAGUCAACCCAUGUAAAUGACCCAGACAAAUUGUCUCGUCAACUAACAAUGUUUGCUCAAGUGAUGCAACAGAUAACUGAUAUUCUGGAAGUUGGUCAGUCUUUAGCUAACUGUCGACGUGCACUUGUUCAAGAUUACCGGAAAAAUGAAAAAGUCUUACGCAGUGAAUUGCUUAAUCGACGUUGUUUAAUCGAAGCCCGAAAGGAAGAGAUUGAGACGUAUCAGGGUAAACGAGAUCAGUAUUACAGCAUUGUUGAAGCAAGACGUCAAGCGGAACAAGAGCGUCUAUUGAAAGCGGAAGAAACCAAUUUGGCCAAUGAAGCUAUACAACGUGAACGAAUGAAAACUGAAGAUGAGAAAGCUCGUCUAAAAUUACGAAUGGCACGUACUAGUUUGAAAAUGUUCUUAGAUUUAAAAAUUGAUACAAAACUUGAUUUAAAAGAGUUAACAGAAGAACAGCUUGAAAACUUUGAUGCAGAUAAACUUAUUAACAAGCAAAAACAAGAGGUGAAGAAAAAGCGAAAAGAACUAGCGGAGAAGGCUAAAACAAUGGCGAAAAAAUUGGACUAUUAUACACGUGCUUGUCGUAUUGAAGAAAUCCCAUUGUUACAGGCAAAUAUUGAGCCGGAAGCUAUUGAAUCUCGUGAAUUAUUUGAGCAGAGUGUCAGAGAAAUUGAGGAGCAUUCGAAAGCCGAGCAUGCACGACAAUUGAAAGAACGUAAUCGCUUGAUUCGAAUGAAAUCAGAUGUCCAGCGUCUUGUUGGUCAAUUAAAAGAAGCUCGUGAUAAUCGGUAUAGAGCUAAGUUGGCAGAAUGGGAGGCUCUGUGUGACCAAAAACGAUCGGAAAGAUUGGCUGAAAGAAGAGCUAAACAUGAGGCUGAAUUAGAAGCUGAGGCACGUCGUCGAGCUGCACAAGAAGCAAUUGAACGUGAAGAACAGAAACAACGUGAACUAGCUGCAGAAGCUGAACGUCAGAAACGAGAACAAGAAGCUAAAGAAGCGGCAGAACGUGAGGCUGCUCGAAUUGAGGAAGAGUCCAAGGCAUGGAAACGUGGAGAUAUUAAAAGAGAUGAACCUGUAUCGGUUAAUCCUUUUGCUCGACAUCGUCAAUCUGAAAUUAGUAGUGCUUCUGGUAACGCAUUUCGUGACUUUCGACGUGAUGAUACGUCAAGAUAUUCAGAUUUUGGUCGGUCAUCGGGAAGUAAACGAGUUGGUUUCGAUAAUACACCAACUCUCCGUAGUGAUCCUUCCAAAGAUACUUGGAGUCGAAGUGGUCCGCGAAGAACUGUUCCUUCUGAAUUUGAUUCGCUUCUAUAUGAAGAUGACUCUGGUAACGCUGGUGGUUGGACUCAGGUUGGAUCACGUAGAGAAACUGAACGAACAAGACCAUUCGGUAGAGGUGGUAGUUCAAUGGGUGGUGGAUUCAAUAGAGCAUCUAAAAAUCUGGAUAUGGACACUGGUAGCUCAACUCCAUGGCGUAGAGAAGGUCCAAAUGCCACAGUGGGCAAAUCACAAGUUUUUGAAGAAAUGAGAGGUGGUAAUGUGAAACGACCUUUUGGUAGCUCAGGAUUCCCUUCACGACUUUCUAGUAGUGGAUUAUCUGACGACAGGAAGUACUAA